AUGGAGAUCCGGGCAAAAGAAGAAGGCAUUUCAAAUUUCCUCAAGUUUCAUGACCAUGCAAUCGACCACAACCGCAAUGGCUUCGCACAUCUUGACUCUUCCUCAACAGGAAUCAUUGAAGCCGCCUCAAUUCUUCAAAAAUAUCCCCUCUCUUGCAAACGCUGCGAUACAAGACCCAGCCCAAUUCGCAUACUCGAUCUGGUUAUUCACAUUCAGCGACCUAAAACCAUCAUCGCAACGAGCUUCGGCUUCGGGCCUCUUCACCUCAAUGGGACUAUCAUCCUUCGGGAUACAAGACGCACCAGCAUGGAGCACGUGUUUGCAGCUCGUACCAGUCGUCCUACUCUGGGCAUUGCUGAACCUCCUUCCUGUCACGUCGACAACCAGCACCAACCAGACGCAAUCGCAGAAGAAGUAAUCAACAAACCGUGGAGAACGAUGCCAUCAGGCCGAAUGAGUCCCGAGUACGCCCAAACCACGAUGCUAGUCUUCUACCUCCUCGCAUUGGCUACAAGUCUCCAUGUCAGCGGACUAGCACAAUGCAUCACGCUGAUCGGUUUGGGAUUCUCGUAUAGCGAAGCCAAGGGUGCGGAUGCAAGCUGCGUGGUUCGGAACCUCAUUAACGCCGUCGGAUUCAUCUGCUACACUUCUGGAGCCUUGCAGAUACAUCUUGACUCUGCGCAGUGGAUACAGUUCACGGCUGUCGACGGACUAGAAUUUUUCCUUGGCUGUGGUGGUGAGAGUGGAGCUUUGCACUGGGCGGGUGUGUAUUUUGCUUUGCUGGCUUGUCUCAUUGCCGGUCGAAUGCUGUUGUUUCGAAGUGCCGAGGCGGAUAAGAAGAGUUUUGUACUCUGGAAUAUUUGGUUGAUCAUGUUUGAUGACGACGACGAAGAAAUUGGAAGGGUGGAGGAACAUCCGUCUUAUACGUCGGUCGUUUCUGGAAUUGAUGGAUGGAGGUUGAGUCAUUCAUUCAUGCGUUUUAUGUGA